AUGGAGCGGCCCCGGCAGCGCCUGCCUCACUGGGCCCACAGCUCCGCCACCGGGGCCCCUUACCCCUCCGCCUCGCUCCGAGGCUCCCGGGACGCCAAGAUGCAGCGCAGGAAGGAGCUGCAGCGCCUCCCGCCAGCCGGCGGCCCCGAGGAACCUGGGGAGAAACGCCCCAAGUUUCAUUUAAAUAUUAAGACACUGACGGACGACAUGUUGGACAAAUUUGCCAGCAUACGAAUUCCAGGGAGCAAAAAAGAGAGACCACCUGUCUCCAACUUGAAGACUGGAUUUGCAAGUAAUGAUUGUUCUUCGGCAUCUUCAGAAAUGAUGGAAAGCAAUCCAAAGCCACUGUCAGAGAGUGAAGUCUUAGAACUUUUUGAAAAGAUGAUGGAAGAUAUGAAUUUAAAUGAAGACAAAAAGGCACCAUUGCGGGAAAAGGACUUCAGUAUCAAAAAAGAAAUGGUGAUGCAGUACAUUAAUACUGCUUCCAAGACAGGAAGUCUUAAGAGUAGCCGACAGAUCUCACCUCAGGAAUUCAUCUCCGAACUGAGAAUGGGAUCUGCAGAUGAGAGACUUGUCACAUACCUGGAGUCCCUCCGUGUCUCUUUGACCAGUAACCCUGUCAGUUGGGUGAAAAGUUUUGGACACGAGGGUCUCGGAUUAUUAUUGAAUAUUUUGGAAAGACUGAUUAAUUGCAAAACCCAAGAAAAAAUUGUAAAGAAGAGUCAGCACAAAGUCAUUCAAUGUCUAAAGGCUUUGAUGAACACACAGUAUGGAUUGGAAAGAAUUAUGAGUGAAGAGAAGAGUCUUACUUUAUUGGCCAAAGUUAUUGAUCCUACAUAUCCUGCUAUGAUGACGGACGUGGUUAAACUUCUGUCUGCAGUCUGCAUUGUGGGCGAGGAAAGCAUCCUUGAAGAAGUUUUGGAUGCUUUAACAUCAUCUGGAGAAGAAAGAAAAAUUGAUAGAUUUUCUCCUAUUGUGAAAGGUCUUCGGCACAAUUCAAUUCAACUACAGGUAGCUUGUAUGCAGCUCAUCAAUGCCCUUAUUACAUCUCCUGAUGAUUUGGACCUGAGGCUUCACAUCAGAAAUGAAUUUAUGCGUUGUGGAUUGAAAGAGAUAUUUCCAAAUUUAAAGUGUGUUAAGAAUGAUGGCCUGGAUAUCCAACUUAAAGUCUUUGAUGAGCAUAAAGAAGAAGAUUUGAUUGAAUUAUCUCAUCGCUUCGAAGAUAUUAAAGCUGAACUUGAUGAGGCAUCUGAUGUUUACAGCAUCGUGUGGAAUAUGGUUAAGGAAACUAGAGCAGAAGGAUAUUUUAUUUCUAUUCUUCAGCAUCUUCUGUUGAUUCGAAAUGAUUACUUUAUAAGACAACAGUACUUCAAAUUAAUUGAUGAGUGUGUAUCCCAGAUUGUAUUGCAUAGAGAUGGAAUGGAUCCAGACUUCACAUACAGAAAAAGAUUAGAUUUAGAUUUGAGUCAGUUUGUAGAUGUUUGCAUAGAUCAAGCCAAACUAGAAGAAUUUGAAGAAAAAGCAUCAGAACUUUCUAAGAAAUAUGAAAAAGAAUUUACUGACCACCAGGAUACUCAGGCUCAGUUGGAGAAAAGAGAUGCAAAAAUUAAUGAGCUUCAAGCAGAAUUACAAGCUUUUAAAUCACAGUUUGGUGCCUUGCCAGCUGGUACAAGUACCUCUUUGAUCCUGUCAAAAGAAGAUGGGGAUGGCCACUCAGCAGUCCCUCCCCCUCCCCCACCUCCUCCUCCGCCUCCUCCUCUUCCAGGAUUGCCCAUGCUGCCAGGUGGCCUUGUGCCUCCACCACCGCCCCUUGGGUUUCUUAGCGGACAAAACCCUUCUCCAAUCCUGCCAUUUGGAUUGAAACCCAAGAAAGAAUUUAAACCUGAAACCAGCAUGAGAAGAUUGAAUUGGUUAAAGAUCAGACCUCAGGAAAUGACAGAAAACUGUUUCUGGAUAAAAGUAAAUGAAAACAAGUAUGAAAAUGUAGAUUUUCUUUUUAAACUAGAGAAUACAUUUUGUUGCCAACAAAAAGCAAUCUUUCUGAGCUCUUUUCGGGUGCCAUAUGAGGAUAUCAAAAUGAUGAUAUUGGAAGUCAAUGAAACGCAGUUGGCAGAGUCUAUGAUUCAGAACUUAAUAAAGCAUCUUCCUGACCAAGAGCAAUUGAAUUCAUUGUCUCAGUUCAAGAGUGACUACAACAACUUAAGUGAACCUGAGCAAUUUGCUGUUGUGAUGAGCAAUGUGAAGAGACUACGGCCACGGCUCAGUGCUAUUCUCUUUAAGCUUCAGUUUGAAGAGCAGGUGAACAACAUCAAACCUGACAUCAUGGCUGUCAGUACUGCCUGCGAAGAGAUAAAGAAGAGCAAAAGCUUUAGCAGGUUGCUGGAACUUGUAUUGCUAAUGGGAAACUACAUGAAUGCUGGCUCCCGGAAUGCUCAAACCUUCGGAUUUAACCUCAGCUCGCUUUGUAAACUCAAGGACACAAAAUCCGCAGAUCAGAAAACAACACUGCUUCAUUUUCUGGUGGAAAUAUGUGAGGAGAAGUACCCAGAUAUCCUGAAUUUUGUGGAUGAGUUGCAACAUUUGGACAAAGCUAGUAAAGUCCCUGUAGAAAUGCUGGAAAAGAAUAUGAAGCAGAUGGGAAGGCAGCUUAAACAGCUUGAGAAAGAUUUGGAAACCUUUCCCCUUCCUGAGGACUCGCAUGACAAGUUUGUGACAAAGAUGUCCAGCUUUGUCAUCAGUGCAAAAGAACAAUAUGAGAAACUUUCAAAAUUACACGAGAACAUGGAAAAGUUAUACCAGAGUCUAAUGGAAUACUAUGCUAUAGAUGGGAAGAAGGUUUCCGUGGAAGACUUUUUAUCUGACUUGAAUGACUUCAGAACCACAUUCAUGCAAGCAAUGAAGGAGAUUGCCAAAAAAAGAGAAGCUGAGGAAAAAGAAAAACGUGCGAGAAUAGCCAAAGAGUUAGCAGAGAAAGAAAGACGUGAACGCCAAGAAAAGAAAAAGCGCUUAUUGGAAAUGAAGACUGAGGGUGAUGAGACAGGAGUGAUGGAUAGUCUGCUGGAGGCGUUGCAGUCAGGGGCUGCUUUCCGAGACCGAAGAAAAAGGACACCAAAGCCGAAAGAUAUUCGACAGAGUCUCAGUCCCAUCUCUCAGAGGCCUGUUCUGAAAAGUUGUAACCAUGAAAAGCAGAAAGUGCCAUUGACGGAAGGGUCACGCUCACACCACAAUAUCAAUUGCAACUCAACAAAGACUCCAGUCGCCAAGGAGCUUAAUUAUAAUCUAGACACUUGCCCGUCUACAGGGAAGAUCAAGGCAGUGGAGAAGAAGGAAGCCUGUAAUGCAGAAGGCAGCAGAAAAAAGGAAAUGGAACUUGUUGGCAGUGUUUCGAAAAACGAAUCAGUUCCUGAAGUUGAAGCCCUGCUGGCAAGAUUACGAGCUUUAUAA